GAUAAAAUGGUAGCUACUUACAUAUAAAGAUACGACUAAAGGUAGGAUGUUUUUGGGUUUAUCUGCUCUUUACAAAGAGCUGCCACCUUGGGCGCUUUUAUUUUGAAGGGUUACUCGCCCUGUUUCCUGUUUUGCAGCGGCAGCGUGGCUGAACUGGACUUUAACGCGGAGGAGGAGGGAAGUUCAGCAAAGUUGGUCCCGUCAGGAGGAACGGUUUGUACCUCUAGGUCAAACCGUCAGUCUGCCGCUGAAGAGCCGGAGAAAUGACCGACCUGUGGGUUUCCCUGGCGGUGUUGGGAGCCGCGGUGCUCCUCAGCGAGGCGGCCCGGCGGACCGCAGCGCGUCUGUUCCCGGGGGAUUAUUGGAUUUAUCUGCUGGAAGCUGCGUCCACCUUCCAGCUCUGCUGCUGCACGCAUGAACUCAAACUGCUGGGUGAGACGGCCCGGCUGGAGCUGCCGGUCAGCCUGACCCUCACCUACACCAUGACGGUCAUCCACCUCUUAACUUUCCGGGAGGCGACGUGUAACCCCAGCGGGGCUCUGGAGAGCGUCUGCCGGGGAACCAGAACCGGCAAGGCGGCCGUCGUCCUCAUAGGCUCCCAGUUCGCAGCUGCGGUCGCCGCGCAGUUUUUCGCAGCCUCCGUGUGGUCGCUGGGUCUGUCCGACAUCCACACCCGGCACCAGCGGUUCGGGUACAGAUGCUUCGACCCCCUCGGUGGGACUCUGCUGGAGGCCGCGGCCGUGGAGCUGGCCUGCGCGUUCAUAGUCCAGGCUGCGGCCAUGCAUGUUCACCGAGUGGACGAGAAACUCAGAGUUCACUGCAUCGCUGCUGUCAUCACCGCUCUGGUUUACACAGGUGGAAGUAUUUCAGGUGCUGUCUUUAACCCCGUCCUGGCCUUCUCCAUCCAGUUCCCCUGCAGCGGCCACACCUACCUGGAGUACUGCUUUGUCUACUGGCUGGGACCAAUCCUAGGUGUGGCGAGCUGCAUCCUCCUGUUCGAGAAGAUCAUCCCUUUCCUCUCUGGAAAAAGCACCCUUGGGCUGGACGUCCCUGCUGUCCAGAAACAGAAGACACAGUAGUAUUUAUAAGCUUUCUAUUCCAUGUCUGUGGGUGAAUAAUACCAGUUCUUAUGAAGGCACAAUGUGGCUGAUGACGAUGAAGAGUUAAAAUCCACUGUUGCCUGAAGCUCCUGUUGUCUGUUGCACUGCAGGUUUACCAUUGUAAUAAGUAAACAUGAAACAUAAAAUACACAUAUUGGAGUGAGCAGCACUCCUACUGUAGUUUCCCCAACAUAUGGUAACCUAAUCAUGUAGCUAAUCGUCCAUUCACUUCAUCAAUUACAGCACACUGUUGAGCUGCAACGAUAAGUUGCUUAAUUGCAUGAAAAAGAAAAUAAUCUGCAAGUAUUUUGAUAAUAAUUCAAGCAAAUGUUCUGGUUCCAGCUUCUUAAAUGUGAAGAUUUCAUGCUUUUCUUUGUCAUAGUAAACUGCAUAACUUUGCAUCUUGGACUACUGAUCAACUAAAACAAGACAUUUGAAGAUGUCACCUUGAAAUUUUGACAUCUUACAGACAAAACAAUUAAUUGACUAAUAGAGAAAAUGAAACCAUAAUGAAAAUAAUGGUAAGUUGCAGCCCUUCGCCACAUCUAACUGAAAAACUAAAGCUGCCUUAUGACAUACAGGUGGAGCUUUGACUGUCAGAACACAUCAGUGGGUUCAGAUCUUCAUGGGAAUGACUGGCAAGAGGAAAAAUAUAAACCAGUAACUACAUUAUGUGCUUUAGUCAGAUGCACAGAUCUGCUGCUAACACAAAACAUCAUAAUUUUGUGGUUUAAGAGGUGUUAAUUCAUUCAAGGAUAUUCUGCUAUUAAAGUCGAACUGAAAUUUUUCACUUUUUGUGUAAGGAAACAUAAACUAUAAAGCAGCUAUUUUCCGUUUUUCUGGACAUAGAAUGUUUGUUGCAACAUUGUUUCAGCUUCAGAAUUCUGUGGGGCCCUUUGCCAUGACAACAGUUGACUUGGGGGGCAGGUGUUGCUAGGAGACAAGCUUCAUAAAAUUCCGUGGUGCACUCAGGCUGCAUUCACACAAUAUUAGCAGAGAGAGAAACUUAUGAUAUGUCAAACUGCGGCUAACAUGAACUGCUUUUCCCACUCUGCUGCAAGUUAGGCUAACUAGCUAACGUUAGCACUCGCCUUAUAACUCCAGAACUUGCCUGAGAAUCAUUGUGCUUUUAAGUUUUCUUUCUCUUUCUGUAGAUUACCUAAUGAUUUAGAUCACAACAAUAAGUAGUACCAUACAAAGUCCUCAAGUCAAAGAAUAGUUAAUAACUGCUAACAAAGCUGGCUCCCCACAUGGUUGAAGUGAUAUUACACACUAAUUUCAAAAUCAAAAUCAAAUUACAGUACUAAAAGUAGGCUAUCAGUGAGAAUCAAACAUUUAUGCGAAGGAUAUAUAGGCUUAAUUCUUUGUAAAAUUUCAGUUCAACUUUACCUUUUUUUUGUUUUGAAGUUCUCAUGACAGAUUUAAGGAAAUGCAAGCUAAUAUACCUGUGCUUAGAUUUUGCCAAAUGUUUUUAAUAUAAAGGUUUUCAGAAGUACAACGCUAUAGAAGAAGUGUAUGUAACAAAGUGUUACUGUUUUAUUUUCACUGUAUAUAAGUUAACGUUAGUGCACAAAGUGGAAUUUUCUCAAUGCCAACAGUCCAGUGACAUUCCUUGAAAAUGCUAAGCACACUAGCCAAACCUGAUGAGAGCCAUGUUUAGCGUUAUGGAAAAAAUUUCACCACUCCUUCAUAGUACUUUAAAAUCCCAAAAAAGGAGUUGUGAAGCACAGUGAAUUAAAGGUGAAGUGAAAGAGCACAAAUGUUUUAAGGUUUGCUCUGUCUUAGUUUAAUUUUGGUUGUACUUUGCACAAUUGUCAAAGCUUUACACUUUCUGUAAUAGCACCAAAUUUAUUUUUCUAGCACACUUGAUAUGUAAACACAAGUUUAAAAAAACUGGAUUUCACUGUUAGGACUGUGAUGGUGAUAUUUUUUCCCUCUUACGUUUAGAAGACCAAGGUUUUUUACUGUUGAAUCUGUUUCUGUUUAUCCUUUAUAUUGACAAGAAGUUAAAGCUAGUGUAAUAUUUCCUUUGGGACUAUAUUGAUAUAGUUUUGGGUUUAAUUUUUUUCUGACAAAAGUGCAGACUUCUGUUUCUCUGUGAACCAAGGACAUUGUCAUUUACAUCUUUAAAUACCUCUGAGUCAUAAUAACUUGUUUUUAUGAGAGUAAGAGUUGAUGAUUAUAUUAAGAAUGUGAAUAAACGUAGAUUUUUCUCUGACAUUUCUGACUCAGCGUCUGUUAGCAAAAUGUACAGUAUAUUUUCAGAAAACAGAUUUUUGUAUUAAGCAUUGUAAUUUAAAUGUAUUUCCAAUAUAUGGUGUUGUCGAAUAUGCCAGUAUUUUAAUUAAAGACAAACCUUUGAAUGUUAA